AAAAUAUUUGAAUGUCUUCAGGCAAGGGACUUAAAAAAAAAAAAAAUCAAGGUAUUCAAAGUAUUUUGGUCAACAAUAUUGCGUAUUAAUUAUCCACAAUAUAAUGCUUGUGACAUCACCGUGGACAAUCGAAUCACUUCUUGACAAACAUUGCAGUGUCUUCUUGGGUGAAAAUGAAAACACGACAGCCCGACGAGUCAACGUCAGGCUUUCUCCUCUUAAUGUGUGGAGGACAAUAACGGCGCAAAGAUUGUUAUACUGCAGGACGGAAACAAUGCUGAGGACCCACCCACCUCCUGCUACUCCUCGUUCGGCUCUUCCUGGAUCUGAAGUACGUUGCGGAUAAGUUCUGAAGAUGAGCUACCCAGGAUACCCACAACAGGGAGGGGGCUACCCACCUCAACAAGGGGCAUAUCCACCCCAAGCAGGCGGCUACCCUCCUGCUGCAGGCGGCUACCCUCCACAGGCGGGCGGCUACCCUCCACAGGCCGGCGGCUACCCUCCACAGGCGGGCGGCUACCCUCCACAGGCGGGCGGCUACCCUCCUGCCGCAGGUGGCUACCCUCCUGCCGCCGGAGGCUACCCCCAACAGCAGGCCGGCGGAUACCCAUCUCAGGCUGGCGGUUACCCUCCCGCAGCGGGCGGUUACCCUCCAGCAGCAGGGGGCUACCCUUCCCAGCCCGGAGGUUACCCUGCCCCAGCUGGAGGUUACCCUGCCCCAGCUGGAGGUUACCCUGCCCCAGCUGGAGGCUACCCUGCCCCAGCUGGAGGCUUCCCUCCUCAGGCAGGAGCAGGAGGCUAUCCUUCCAUGCCUCCAGGAGGAGGUGGAGGCUGGGGUGCAGCACCAGGCGGACAUGGAGCGCCAGGAGGGGCUCAGCAGGGAUACCCAGGGGGCCCCGCCCCAGGCCAGCCCAUGCCAAACUACCCCGGAGCCCCCGCGAAUACCCCCUCAAUGCCGGGAUAUGGAAGUGGAGUUCCAUCCAACCCUCAGGCACCUGCCAUUUCUAAAGGGUUCAGAGGUUCUUUGAAAGACUUUCCAGGGGCCGAUCCACUGAGGGAUGUUGAGGUUCUUCGCAAAGCUAUGAAGGGGUUUGGCACGGAUGAAAAUGCCAUCACUGAACUUCUGGGAAGCCGUACCAACAAGCAGAGGGUUCCAAUGGUAGCGGCCUAUAAAACAACUUACGGAAAGGAUUUAGCCCACGAUCUGAAGUCUGAGCUCACUGGAAACUUUGAGAAACUGGUUCUUGCCAUGGUUAAGAGCGCUUCACACUUUGAUGCAUCUGAACUCAGAGAGGCUAUAAAGGGCGCAGGAACUGAUGAAGCUUGUCUGAUUGAGAUUCUUUCAUCACGCUCCAAUGCAGAGAUUCGUGAAAUCACCAGAAUCUACAAAUCUGAUUACGGGAAGAGCCUAGAGGACGCCAUCAGCGGCGACACCUCCGGUCACUUCCGCAGACUCCUCAUCUCUCUCAGUCAGGGAAAUCGUGACGAAAGGGAGACUGUCGACGUCUCCCUAGCCAAACAGGAUGCUCAGAAACUGUAUGCUGCUGGGGAAAAUAAAGUUGGAACUGAUGAGUCUCAGUUUAAUGCCAUCCUGUGUGCUCGCAGCAAGCCUCACCUUCGAGCAGUCUUCCAGGAGUACCAGCAGAUGUGUGGGAGAGACAUUGAGAAGAGCAUCUGCAGGGAAAUGUCUGGCAAUGUGGAGUCUGGCAUGGUGGCCGUGGUGAAAUGCAUCAAGAACACUCCUGUCUACUUUGCAGAAAGGCUCCACAAUGCCAUGCAGGGAGCAGGGACCAAGGACACAACACUCAUCCGCAUCAUGGUGACCCGCUCUGAGGUGGAUAUGUUGGACAUCAGACAGGCGUAUGUGAAGACUUACGGAAAAUCACUUUACAGCCACAUCUCAGGUGAUACCUCCGGGGAUUACAAGAAGUUGCUGCUGAAGCUGUGUGGAGGUAACGACUAAAAGGAAAGGAAGAGAACCCUACGUAAGGACAAAAUAUAUGACUGAAACAAUGUUAUAGGACCAUAUAUCACCUCUGAUGCAUGCAGUUUAAGUUAGUUUUUCUAUGGCAACAAUCAGUCAUUGUUUCUUUAGUAUUCUCUUCAGUAUGAUUAAAACAUGAUCGAAUUUUAUUAUUUGUUUGCUACUGUAUUGUAGUCAGUGAUUGCCAAAUAGUAAAUAUAUAUUCAUAUGAAGAAUUUUUUUUUUUUUUGAUGCAAUAGAUAGCUUUAAAAUCUCGUACUUGAUUAAGAUGUCAACUAUAUAAUAUAACUAUACUAAUAACUACAUUAUAGAAUAGUAUUUAAAAUGUUAAAGGCUAAACCGUAAUUAUCAUUGAAGAAACCCUUAUUUGGAAGAACAAUAGAGUUUCAGAAAAAUUAAAGAUGCAGAACAAGGCGAGAGUCUUGCUUAUUUAAUAUUCAAAGUACGUAUACAAGGAUAUAUUUAGCAAAUGACUUUAUACAUGCAUUAUUUCCGUGUUACUCUGGUAAAGUUUACCUCACCGCCAAGCAUUUCAACUGUGUGCAAGUUACUAUACACAACGUUACGUGACACUGUUGUGCAAGUUUUAGCAAAUUAUGUUUGACUUCAUCUCACACAGAAUAGAUGUGAUCACUUGAUGCUUGUUAAACUGGCCACAAUUAAAUUCCAGGUCAUUUUUGAUUGUAAGAAAUAAUCUGCAGAAAGGCAUCUCUUCUAAGUGUCAAUGUUAACUAACCAGAAUUUAACUCCUGCUUGCAAGUCUAUGCAAUUUAGCUUUUUGCCUUAUAUCAGCUUUACAAAACUCUUCUGUUGUUCUUGAAAUGUAAACCUUUCCAAUCAUUGUUCGCCAAUUACAGCCAAUGUUUUCUUCCUGAAUGCUGCAAAAGCCAAAGCCAGAUAAUGUUGUGCCUUUUUGUCAGGGCUGCCAUGUAAAAUGUUUAGAGCUAAUGGAUGUUUGUUUCAUACAUAAUCAUCAUUGCACAAUUGCAAAACCUGUAAUCCACACAUUGUUAAUUUCUCAAUAUUGUGUUUACUUUUUUUCCUGAGUGUCUUUUACCAGUUUGUAUGUUUUACUGCCAGUAGAGGGCUCUUCAUUCACGUGACGUGUCAUUUCUAAUGUCUGCUACCUGAAGGUUUAGCUUUGAUCUGAAUAUCUAUUGCGCUAAGUCUACUUUGCAACCAUCCUUGUAACAUAAUAAUGGUUGAAUUUCAAUGGAUGCCUUUUUAGUUUUCUAACAUUUUGCCAUGUGAUAGUUCCAGUCUCUCAAACAACCACUUCUAAUUUCAUUAAAAAAAACAUUUUGGCAUAUCUGGAUUGCCUUUGUGAAA